UCUGCUGAGAAGACUAUUUUCUGGAUGUUUACUGGUUUUAGUCGAUAUUGUGCUGUAUACCACGCAGGCUUUCCAAAAGUACUUCAUAGACAGGGCAACAUAUUGUUUCAGAAGACAAAGCUGAGUACAUUGGGUUUGGACUACAGUAGCUUCUCUCUCAAAUAUCCUCUGUGAUUUGCUUUGGGGUGGGAAUGGAGUACUGGAGGUGGAGCAAGUGCCUCCUAUGGGAAAACCAGCCUCUGACCACAGUAAUGUGAUUGGAGCAUUUGAAGCAUUAAUUCGCUGAGUGUUUUUAUAAACAUAAAACGUAAAAACUAAAAGAAAAUCUAUUUAUUUCCUACUGAGUGGGAUACGUUUUCGUCAGAGGAGAUCAAAGUGGAAUUUGAUGCUGUUGUUUGGGUUUUUUAUUAUUAAUGCAGAUAAUUUUCAGAUGGAUGUAAUUGAUGAAACAAACAAUAAUGAAGUAAAACUCUUCCGGGGAUAAGAGCAAAAUCUAAGGAGAGGUAUACCCGUGUGGGACACUCGAGCUGAAUUAGAACAUGUUUCUAGGGGUACAGCAUCUCUUUCUUCCCUAAGAUAACUUCAAUAACAUAAUGUAGGAUUACAAUUCAAGAUAAAUAAUAGAAGUGAACUGAGAGUUCAUGAAAGCUUCAGGAUUUAUAACCAAGGAGAGUGGCCUCACAUUCAUUUGUUAAAAAGGUACAGAACAGUGAAAGGUAAUGACAGUUGAGGAUGCCAGCCCCCUGGAGAAUAUGCUGCAAUAAAAAAUCCAAAACCAAGAAUGGAAAAGCCAAAAUGGACAAUAUGGAAGACACAAGUGAAAAAAUGCAGAUGAAAAAAGAAAUCACGUUACUAAAUGGAAUUUCUUUAAUUGUAGGGAACAUGAUUGGCUCUGGGAUAUUUGUAUCACCCAGAGGUGUUUUAAUGUACAGUGCUUCCUACGGACUCUCUCUAGUCAUCUGGGCGCUUGGUGGGAUGUUUUCGCUGUUCGGAGCUUUGUGUUACGCUGAAUUGGGAACAUCCAUCGUUAAAUCUGGAGGCAGUUAUGCCUAUAUCCUGGAAGCAUUUGGUGCCUUUGUGGCCUUCAUCAGACUGUGGUCUUCCUUGCUAAUUAUCGAACCAACAACCCAGGCAGUGAUAGCAAUCACAUUUGCUAACUAUAUUGUUCAACCAAUUUUUCCUCAUUGUGAGCCGCCAUAUGAUGCAGUCAGGUUGAUUGCAGCUGCUUGUAUUUGUUCCUUAACAUUUAUUAAUUGUGUUAAUGUGAAGUGGGGAACUCGCGUACAAGAUGUUUUCACAUACGCAAAAGUUAUGGCUCUUAUCUUGGUGAUAUCUGUUGGCCUUUACAAAAUUGGUAAAGGAGAAACAGAAAACCUGAGAGCUCCGUUCGAGGGCUCAUCAACAAACCCCGGGAUGAUCGCGCUGGCUCUCUACUCCGCCCUCUUCUCCUACUCUGGGUGGGACACGCUCAACUACGUCACCGAGGAAAUGCAGAACCCUGAGAGGAACCUACCUCUUUCUAUUGCGAUUUCAAUGCCUAUUGUGACUGUUAUUUACUUGCUGACUAAUAUAGCGUACUACGUAGUGUUGGACAUGUCAGCUCUCCUCACAAGUGAUGCAGUGGCUGUGACGUUUGGCAGCGAAACCCUUAGUUAUGCUAAGUGGAUAAUUCCUAUAGCAGUGGCCAUGUCUUGCUAUAGUGGCUUAAACUCAUCAAUAAUUGCAGCAUCUAGGCUUUUUUAUGUUGGAGCCAGGGAAGGACACCUCCCUGACAGUCUGAGCUUGAUUCAUAUAAAGUGCUUCACACCAGUCCCCGCUCUCCUCUUCAAUGGCUUAAUGACUUUGCUUUAUCUCCUUGUGGAAGAUGUUUUCCUCCUCAUUAAUUACUACUGCUUCAACUACUGGCUCUUUGUGGGUCUGUCUAUUGCAGGACUGAUAUACUUGAGAUAUACGCAGCCACAUAGACCACGGCCUAUUAAACUUAAUCUCUUCUUCCCUAUAGUAUACUGUUUAUGUUCCCUUUUCCUGGUCAUAGUUCCUCUCUACAGUGACACAAUCAAUUCCCUUAUUGGUAUCGGUAUUGCCCUCUCGGGUAUUCCUGCGUAUUACCUGGGAGUCUACCUGCCAGUUGAAAAACGACCUAAAUGUCUACAGUGGCUCUCUGCUACAACAACAAAAUAUGUUCAGAUGAUCUUCUACUGUGCUCUGUCGGAUCUGGACAUAGACAUGGAACCUACAGCAGCUAAGAGUAAAUAGAGUUGCCUUGACAUUGAGAGGUGUGCCUUGACAUUCCCCAUCUGGAGCAAUUUUUGUCAUCUGAACUUCUAUCCAUCUGUUCAGUUAUACUAAACCAUUGUACUAUGCGUCAGUUUGAUGUCUGUUAAUUUGUGCUUGUUUUAUAAACCCCUCUGUUUUACAGGUUUUUUUUAAGAAUUCUUAAAAUUUGAUCUUAAAAAAUCUUAAAAAGAAAAAAAAUUGUUAAUAGUGAGCUAUCAUGUAACACUUUGAAAGUACAAAGCACUGUAUGAACAAACAUUUAUUAGUAGAUAAGUGCUAAAUAUUACAUUAAUUUCAAAAUUGUAAUAAAGAGUGUUAGGUCUAGUCACAAUCCUAAGAAAUAAAUUGAUAAAUAUAACAAAAGACAGACCAGAUAUUUGCAAGGUUCAAAACGUGAGUUGAGAAGUAAAAGCCACAGUGUACUUCUAAAAAUAUUACUAAAUUCUUAGCUGAAGUAAAAAAUAUAUAAUUCGAACUGGUAGGCACGCUUUGAGUCAAUGUAGUAUUAGUGGUAAACUGUUCUAAUGCAUAAUUACCAGCAUACAUACUGUACCAAAAGGAGAAAACCAAAGUUUUCGGUUAUUUAAAUUCUGUUAGAAAUUCUCGUCUUACAAUAUCCCACAUUCAUUACCCUUUUGCAGAAGAGGUAUUUUCGACAAAGAAAUGAUACCAUUAUAAGUGAAGUACUUUUGCUUUCCAGCAGAACAACCUGCCGUGAAGCACUGUAAGGGACAAAGUCAUGUUCCAGCUAGAGUAUAUUCAGGGAAAACACUUCACCUUUUCAUAGUGUCCAUUGCUUGCCUAGAAAUACCAAAGAUGGGACCCCAUGAAUCACACUAAUUUUUUCCACAGUGGAAUUUAUUUAAGGAAUUCACAAGGAGAAGUUAAAAACUGUUGACGUUUGCAAAAUCCCUUGAGCCCCCUGCCCAACCCUUCAGGCCUCACCAGUUCCUGCUGGCGAGGUGAACCGCAGGUCUCCUACGGAGCACACAGAGAACCUCCAGCACCGGUUGCCAGGUCUUCACACCACGUAGGUGCCUGUUGCACAACCGCCAGCACAGGCACGUGGACUGGACAAGCGCACUCACCAGUGGGUGCCGUGACAGAAAAGGGCAGUUCAGAACUAGGAUCGUUCUCUUGCACACUAAGUUCUUCCGUGUGGCACCCAGGAAUGUAUAACUCGUUCUGAUUCUUAGUCUCCUGAAAUGGAAGAGACAAUAACUGUCAUUAAAAACGAGCCAUCAGCCUUGCAACCUAGACGAUAAAAACAGCGGCUCCAGCUCUAAUAUGGUUUGUUGAUACGUAGCACCAUUUGUUAUCCCUGUUGGCAAGUCGUACUUCCUUUCUGUAAUUAUAUCUGAAUAUAACAUACAUUGUUUCUAAUUUGAGUUUCAUUAUUCCUAUUUAAUUAACCUCAAUUAAGGUAAUGUAAUCUUGUACAAGUCCCUGUGACUUCUAGCAUUAUUGUCUUUUAUUGAUGUCUGCCCAGAGAAAGAGCAAUGGAAUAGGGAAGAAGGCAAUCAUUGCUACUUAAACCUCUCUUCAUUCCCUCCUCCCGCUGUAAGGUCAUUUGCAGGAUUGUAAUUCCGUGCGUCUCCAACACAACGUUUGCUGACAGGGCUCCUGUGAGACCUUCUAUUUGCAUUUCAAUGCCAUCUGCUGUGGCACUUUCCUUUCAGCUGGGUUUUCUAUUGAUACAAAGUAUGAACAAUAAAAAUGCACUAAAUUAAGGUAAACAUAAAGAUAUUAGAGAUGCAUGUUUUGCUUGUCGGAAGCCACAGCUUUCGAGCACUAAAAUCACUUCAGUAUCACAUUCACAAACCACGAAGAGGAAAGAAGACCUAGGGUGUAGUUUAGUUUGCCCAGCUCAGAACGUCUCUUCACACACACAAAACACAUGCCUCUGUUACAGCAUAGCAUCGUUUUGGUCCUGCUCUAUGAUUGUACGGAAAUAUUGUGUUUUCACCCCAGAAGGCGAAAACACUUGUUAAUGACAAAUUACAAAGCACUUAUUAAUGACGGAGCCGCAGACUCUAUCAGGGCACAGAGAGUGUACAAACUCUACAAGUCGGUACCAAACUGUCUUUGCCUCCACAGAGUUCAAAGUCAUGCUUGGUGCCAAGCUACGUGUCACACCAGGACAGCACUGUACCAUCCCCUGAAGCUUUCCCUUGCAGGACCAAAGUUCCUAAGUGAUUUGAGACAUCUAAGGUGACAUCUUGGGUGGUAACAGAUAGCAGGCACUACAGGUAGUGUAAUAAGGGCUACAGACUAAGACCAUCUCCAUAGAGAAUUCAGAGCUAAGAAACUUCUUUGUCUGUUUUUUGCCAAAAUCUGGUUUUGCGUGAAUCUGCUAACUUUCUGGGCAGGACACAGAAGCCUUCAUUUUCUUUCUUUCUGGACAGAAAGAAAGCAGUAGUCAGAUGUAAGGGUAUAAAUGUGAAUAAUCUUAUUGAAAUUCUCUAUGGACAUCAGAACCUCAGAAAUGUUAAUGUGUUUGUUGAUUUUUCACUCUUUACAAAUAUUACAUGUAAGUUAUUGUGAAAUAUCUAAAGCAAGUCAUAGAUGCUGACAUAUUUAAAUAAAUAAACAUUUGAUCG